CCACAAUGCGCCCUCCCUCCACCCGUCCCAUGCACUCGCGCGCGCAAACGGCCACCCCCGUCCCCAGCGGUCGCGCAUCUCCCGCCGAAUCGGUCGCAUCCGUCGCAACGACUGCCACAAUGAAGCGCAAGGAGCGCGAAUUCGAAAUGGCAAACGAAGAGACAAACAUCAACGUUGUUGUGCGGUGUAGAGGCCGCAACGACAGAGAGGUCCGCGAAAACAGCGGCGUCGUUGUCUCGUGCGACGCCGUCAAGGGCAAGAACGUCGAGCUGUCCAUGGGUCCCAGCGCACUUAGCAACAAGACUUACAACUUCGACCGCGUCUUCUCCCCUGCGGCCGACCAGGGAAUGAUCUUCGACGAUGUGGUUGCGCCAAUUAUCGAUGAGGUGUUGGGCGGCUUCAACUGCACCAUUUUCGCAUACGGCCAAACGGGUACCGGAAAGACAUACACCAUGUCUGGUGACAUUUCAGACGUCCUACCAUUGCCCGACUCGGCCGGUAUUGUUCCGCGUGUUCUCCACUCGCUAUUCGGCAAACUCGAAAGCGAAGACUCAGAACACUCGGUGAAGUGUUCUUUCCUCGAAUUGUACAACGAGGAGCUGCGCGAUCUGCUCGCCGCCGAUGACAACAUCAAGCUGAAGAUGUUCGAAGACGGAAAGAAGGGCCAUCAGUCGACCAUCGUGCAAGGCCUGGAAGAAUCACACAUAAAAUCUGCAUCCAAGGGAAUUCAACUGCUACGAUCGGGUAGCCAUAAGCGCCAAGUUGCCGCGACCAAGUGCAACGACCUUUCUUCGCGGUCCCAUACGGUUUUCACCAUUACCGUCUACAUGAAGCGCACGUCCGAAACUGGCGAGGACUUUGUGAGCGCCGGUAAACUCAACCUUGUCGACUUGGCUGGUAGUGAAAACAUCCAGCGCAGUGGAGCGGAGAACAAGCGUGCCGCUGAGGCUGGCUUGAUCAACAAGUCCCUGCUUACCCUGGGUCGUGUUAUCAACGCCCUGGUGGAGAAGAGCUCGCACAUCCCGUACAGAGAGUCGAAGUUGACGAGAUUGCUUCAAGACUCUCUAGGUGGUCGGACGAAGACGUGCAUUAUUGCUACUUUGUCUCCGGCGAAGAGUAAUCUGGAAGAGACUAUUUCGACCCUCGACUAUGCUUUCCGCGCGAAGAACAUCAGGAACAAGCCCCAGAUCAACCAAAUGGUCUCGAAGAAGACUCUUUUCAAGGAGUUCACCUCGGAAAUCGAGAAGCUGAAGAUGGAACUGAUCGCAACAAGGCAACGGAACGGUGUCUACUUGACGCAGGAAAGUUACGAGGAAAUUACGACCGAAAGCGAAUCACGAAGAAUCCUCUCCGAGGAGCAAAGAGAUAAGCUCGAAACCAUGGAGGCGAAUCUGCGAAACAAGGUUCAGGAGCUUUUUGCUCUGACGACCAACUUGACGACCCUGAAGAAGGACAACGAAGCUACUAAGGCCAUUCUUGAUGGUACCAAGAGCCUGCUGGAGAAGACAGAGGUCGUCUUGGAGCACACCCGCCAGAACCUGGAUGAGGAAACGGCGCUUAGGAAAGCGCAUGCCAAGACCGAGGAGGACCUGGCAAACAUCGGGCAAGAUUUGAUUUCAACUCUCGGGAAGACAACCAAAGACAUUGGAGGUCUGCACUCUAAGCUGCGCCGUCGGUCGAACUUGCAGUCUGUCAACAGACAACAGUGGGGCUCUUCUCAAGCUCAGGUUGCUGGAACGACUAGCACGGUUGAGGAGCGCCUCGCUGGUUUCCAAAGCCAACAGGAGGAACUCAUGGCUGCUCUUUCUCUGCGCAUGCAGGGCUUCGUGCAGGAUGAGUUGCAAAAGUUGGGCGUUUCCCAGUCGAUGCUGGAGGAAAAGUCAAAGGCCUUUGAGCAGUCUGAAAAGGAGGUCAACGAACAGACGGCCAAGUCGCGGGACGACAUGAACGAGGUGUUGGAGGAAAUCAAGACUCUGCGGGAGGAUGUUAAGCAAAAGGUCGGUGCUGGUUUGAAUGAUCUUUCCGCCGCUGCGGAGAGGAUCUCUGCUGGCAUUGUGACCGAGUUGGAGGCUUUCCACACCCAACUUCACUCCUCUUACGCGUCUCUUGGCAGAGACUUCAAGACCACAUUCGACGACCUCGUCAAGGAGCUCAAUGAGCAGCAGAGCGAAGCUGAGGUUCUUCGCAAACAAAUCAGUCAGGCCAACGUCGAGCUCAUUGCAGCCAACAAGGCUUCCCAAACUAGUCUGGUCUCUGUGAUGGAGACGGAGAAGCAGAAGGCUGCCGAAGAGCGCCAGGAGCUCCUCGCCCAGGUCACCGCCCUCCUCAACUCCAAUGCCGCAACGCAAGAACAACGCAUGAGCGAGGCUCUCUCCGGCAUCAGCAAAGACAUGGACACUGCCAACACUGAUUUCGAGACCGCAAAUGCCAGCUAUAACGAGGGUAUGGAAGGCUGGGUCAGCAAGUCAUCUGACUUGGUCAAUGGAGUCGUCAAGUCGCGCGAGAAUGUCAAGUCCAAGAUUAAGGGCGAUUUCGCUGCGGCCAACGAACACACGACCGCACUCCGCAACACCACGGCCUCCGUCCAUGCUUCUACUGUCGACAUUGUCAACAACCAAAUGUCGAACAUGGACUCUCAACUCACUUCCCUGGACGACAUCGUCUUGCGUGUCCAGGAGCAAAACAACACCCACCACGAUGCCCACACCAAGUCUCUGUCCAACCUGGCCGACACUGUCCAAACCUCCUACAAGAGCAUCGGCGACCACUUCACCACGUCCUUCACUCGCAUCCAAGGCCUGGGUACCGACGUGGAAUCCAAGACCAACGAUUUGCGCGCCACUUUGCCCGCCCUUGCCGAAGACGCCGAGAUCCGCUCCACGCUCCGCAGCCUUCGCGAGGAGAUCCAAAACCAUUCUCUCAAGGAGUACGAAGUCACGGGCGAGACUCCCCAGCAAACGCGCUACACGUACACGACGAACCUGCCGCGGACCGAGAGCCAAGAGACAUUCCUCUCGAAACUGCGCAAUGGCGUCUCAGGCAGCGACGCCGACAGCAGCGCGCCCGGCAGCGAAGCCAACACGCCACGCCCGCGCUCUCCAACCAAAGGCAUGGUCUUCACGGACGCGCCCAAAGACGAGGCCGCCCUCGACAGCAACAUGAGCGACGCGCCUUCCGCACUUCCAACCACGAAAGCUCGUGCGGGCAGCGCUUCCAGUCUGCGCGAAAUCGACCCCAACACGAUCAACCCUGUGGGAGCAGCGGAGUCGGCCUCAGCGCCGCCGACGCUGCAGCUCAAACUCGAUAGCCCGACGCUGGCGGCACAAGGGCAGCAGCAGCCGUCGCUGAAGCGGACGCAUACAGCAUCCGGGUCUGAUCGGGAGAGCAAGCUGCCAAUGAAGAAGAAGGCGACGCGCAUGACUGUUGCGGCGGGGGUGGUGGACCGCGAGAACUUGCCUGUGCAAGGGCAGGGGCAGGGCGAGUUUUCGAAGAGCGUGGGUGUGGGGAGUGGGACCGGGACGGCGGGGCGGAGGCUGAGGAGCCAUGGGGGGAGUUGAGUGCUGGGUGAUGGGAUAAAGUGAUGAGUAGGGUUUUUUUGUUUUUCUUUCUCCUUCUUCGUUGGCGGCAUUUUUGGCCCGAUUGAUUGAUACCUCCUUCGUUGUGCGGCUCGACGCCGGGGAUUGUUUCUUUUGUCUCUUCUCUUGGUUGGUUGGUUGGAUUGGUCUGUUUGGCAUUUAGGGCGUUGGUUGGGGAGGGGUGGUGGGGUUUUCUUCCUCUCCUUCUUGCCUAGGUGGGCUUGUUGUGGGUAACUUCUGGCGUCUGGGGUUGGUUGGGGGCGCUUGUGACUGACUGACUUACCUUGCCUUACCUACCUUGCUUGGGGGGGUGGGUUCGUAGUAAUUCGAUUUUUUGUACAAUGCUUCGCUGAUGGGGUUGGUGGUGUUGAGUCGUUGAUGUUGUCUUUGUGAAGUGGUGGUGUGCUGCUGCUGGUUUUGGAUGUUCUCUGAUAUACCAU